AUGGCGGACGCCCAAGUAUCUACUGAAUCCUCGAACCCCUCGCGGGGCAAUCGCAACCGUGGCAGAGGCCGCGGAGGCGGAGGUGGUGGCGGAGGUAAUGCUGGAUCUCGCGGCCGAGGCGGACAGAGGAGCGGUCGUGGUCGAGGCGGCAACAAUGCUGGUGCCGCUGCCCAGUCCAAGGAUGCAAGCUCGCCGCAAGCUGCCCCGAAGCCUGAGUCCAAGCCGGUUGCCCGCGCCGCAGCAGAUGCCGACGAUGCUGCUAGCACCGACGGCGAGGUGUGCUUCAUCUGCGCAGAGCCCAUCAAGUUCCACUCCAUUGCGCCAUGCAAUCACAAGACGUGCCAUAUCUGCGGUCUGCGUAUGAGAGCGUUGUACAAGACCAAAGACUGCCCUCACUGCAGAACACCCUCUCCCUUUGUAAUCUUCACCGAAGACGCAAACAAGCGAUACGAAGAAUAUUCCGACGCCGACAUCACGAGUUUCGACAGUAACAUCGGUAUCCGAUAUGCAAACGAAGAAAUCGUUGGCGAUACUGUAGUGCUGCUCCGAUAUAACUGCCCAGCCGACGAUUGUGUCUUCGCCGGCCUGGGCUGGCCAGACUUGCACCGACAUGUGCGGUCGACUCACCAACGGAAGAUGUGCGAUCUGUGUACCCGCAACAAGAAGCUUUUCACCCACGAGCACGAGCUCUUCGCCGAUAAGGAGCUUGAGAAGCACAUGAGGCAUGGUGACGACAAGCCUGGCGCAAUCGACCAGACUGGUUUCAAAGGUCAUCCCCUCUGCGGGUUCUGCGGAUCGCGCUUCUACGAUGACGACAAGCUCUUUGACCAUUGCCGCGAGAAGCAUGAGAGAUGUUUCCUCUGCGACCGAAGAGACUCGAGACACCCUCACUACUUUGUGAACUACCCUGCGUUGGAGAAGCACUUUGAGAAGGACCACUUCCCAUGUCUCGACAGGGAGUGUUUGGAAAAGAAGUUCGUGGUGUUCGAGUCUGAGAUGGACCUGAAGGCGCACCAGCUGGCUGAACAUGCCGACUCUCUUUCCAAGGACGUCCGCAGAGAUGCACGCGUCGUUAACAUGUCCGGCUUCGACUUCAGACCCAGUUACGAGAAUGAGAGGCGAGGCGGAGGUGGUGGUGGAGGAGGAGGAUCAGGUAGCGGUCGACAAGGACGUGGCCGUGGCCGAGAUCCUAAUGCGGACCCCAUCCCUCAGAGCUCAGCUCAGCCGCUUCGUCGUGAUGAGCUUGCUUUCCAGAGGCAAAUGGCCAUUCACUCAGCACAAUCAGUUUCCAACCGAACAUUUGGCGGUCAGCUUUCUUCAUCCUCAACGCCAUCACAGCCUACCUCAUCACGCCAAGGCAACGCCCCUGCUCCUUCAGCAGCUUCCCGUCAGACGCCUGCUCCAGCACUGCCGACGACAGCGAUGGAGCAACUAAGUGUCACUGAUAUCUCGUCACUGCCUCCUCAAGAGCGAGCGAUGAUGUUGCGCCAUCAGUCCGUCAUUGAACGUGCUGAAACCCUGCUCAAGAAGGAUGAAGCGAAAAUGAACACCUUCCGCGAGCACAUUUCGUCCUUUAGGAGAGGAAAGUUCACGGCGCCUCAGCUUGUCGACGCCUUCUUCUCCCUCUUUGCAGACACGUCGUCAAACGCUUUAGGAACGUUGCUUCGCGAAGUUGCCGAUCUCUUCGAAGACAAGAAGAAGGCUGAGGCCCUGCAAAAGGCAUGGCAGGAUUGGCGGGCCAUCAACGAGGAUUAUCCAUCUCUUCCCGGUCUGGGUGGUAUGCACGGAGCUACCACAUCGUCCAGCGGCUGGGCCAGUGCCGCGACCGCCUCUCCCGCCACACCUGGCGCUGCGCCCUCUUCGAAGCAGUCUAGCCGUGUCCUGCGGCUCAAGAAUAGCACGCGCGCAGGUGCUGCUGGUCCCAAGCCAGUCACACCAGCUGCCACGACCAACUGGGUGCCUGGCUCCUCGCAGCCCCGUCCCCCGCCGCCCAACGCCUUCCCCGCUCUCCCGGCAGCCUCGUCGUCUUCGUCAGCAGCAGCAGCCCCGAGACCGUCCUGGAUCGGCCCGAACAACCCGUCCGCGAGCAACGGUAGCAGAUCAUCGGGACCCGCACCAAGACAGGUCCGACCGGCUACUGGCGGCGAUAACUUCCCUGCCCUACCUCCGGCUCAAAAGCCUCUUACCACUAUCUUUGGUUAUGGCGGUGGCAGAGGUGUUCGCCGAGACCUGGGAGGCGCCUCGAGCAACUUCAGCUGGGGGUCGGCCCCUGGAAGCGGCGCGGCGAGCGAGAACGCUUCAGAGAGGGAGGAGGAGGAAGCUCCCACUGGAGGCAAGAAGAAGAAGGGCAAGAAGGUGCUUGUGCAGUGGGGUUAG